UUUUUAUUAAGAGUGUCAUAUUCCAGACCCAGAUGUAACGCGCCAUGAGCGUGGCCGGCGCAUUUAUCGAUGAUGUAAUAAUACCGUAGAAUCUCCAGGACUUUAAGCUUUAGCUUUAAGUGUCGAUAAGUUUCGCUACGUAGAUUUCUUACGCAAAUUCCCCGCCGGAAUCUGGCGUACCAUAAUGCGUCUUUCCCGUCCUGCACCGUCUCCGGGUCGCAUCGGCAAGAGCACAUGGGAUGCAAAAUUGGGGCAUCGGUUCGCUGGUGCAUUUCUGUAGCAUAAUAUAGACAUAUAUAUAUAUAUUUUUUUUUUAAAAAAACGCCUUUCAACCUGUGCAUUUGACGUAGUCGGCCGCCACCGGGAGGAGGAGAAAGACGCACUGUAUGGCGUUUAUGCAGACAUGGCACAAUGGUGCAGCCGACAGCGAUGCAGUUUUCUUUUGCAUUGGUCUGUUUUAAGAGAGAUAGUCACGUCUUCGAUAAGAUGACUUUUCCCAUUUAGAAAAAGACCUUUCAUUAACACUGUGGAGAUCCCGAUGGCUUUUUGUGUGCUAUCCCUAAAAGUUGGCGAUUAAAAACCGAGCAGCGCCGUUCCGGAAAGACGCCGGGUACCUUGGCUAUCGUCACGGCAUGGCGCCCCAUCCUGUGGUCCAGGCUGCCAUCGACCUGUCUGCAGGGGCCCUAGGGGGCACGGCCUGCGUCAUGAGCGGGCAGCCUUUCGACACGGCCAAGGUGAAGAUGCAGACCUUUCCCACCAUGUACCGUGGAUUCCUGGACUGCUUCAUCUCCACCUACAGGGUGGAGGGGCUUCGGGGCCUGUAUCGCGGCACGUCUCCGGCGCUGCUGGCCAACAUCGCGGAGAACUCGGUGCUGUUCAUGAGCUAUGGCUUCUGCCAGGAGGCCGUGCGCUUGGUGUCCGGGCAGAGCGAGGGCGACAAACUCAGCGACCUGCAGAAAGCGUGUGCAGGCUCAGUCGCCUCCAUCUUCUCCUCGAUGGUUCUGUGUCCCACGGAGCUGGUGAAGUGCCGGCUGCAGGCCAUGCGCGAGAUGGAGGCUUCCGGAAAGAUCGCCAGUGGCCAGAAAACGGCGUGGUCUGUCGUCAAAGCGGUCCUGCGUACAGACGGUCCCCUGGGCUUCUAUCAGGGUCUGAGCACCACCAUCGUGAGGGAGGUGCCAGGAUACUUCUGCUUCUUCGGGGCCUACGAGCUGUGCAGGACGGCCUUCGCCACUUACCUGGGUCGGGCAAAGGACGACAUCGGGGUGGUCCCGCUCAUGUUCAGCGGUGGGUUCGGGGGUGCCUGUCUGUGGCUGGCUGUGUACCCCAUCGACUGCGUCAAAUCCCGCAUCCAGGUCCACUCGCUGGCCGGCCGCCAGGUGGGCUUUCUCCAGACUCUCAUGGGCAUCGUCCGUGCUGAAGGAGUGGCGGCACUGUACUCGGGCCUGACGCCCACCAUGAUCCGCACCUUCCCCGCGAACGGCGCCCUCUUCCUGGCCUACGAGCUCAGUCGAAAGGCCAUGAUGCAGCACCUAGCCACCUGACGGCCUGACGACACCUCUGGCCCAAGCCCCGCCCCGCCCCGCCUUGCUCCUCACACUACCAAUUACACGGCUAGCAGCACAGGAGAGCUGAGCACUGGUUGGAGGAACGGAAUGACUCCUGAGCAUGAAAAACAAUAGCUAGCACCUGCCUGACAUGUCAGCAGCUUCUUUAUGCAGCUGUUUGAAGACAAACAGAUACAAGCUUCAUGCUGUUUAUACUAAGGUUUAAUCUCUGGCAUGUUUAAAAGCUGUUCCAUUACGGGGCGGCAUCCCAAGGCUCAGUUGCCUACAGUUCAGCGUGUUCUUGCGAUGGAAGAAAGACGGGGAAUGUUCCGUUGACCUGACCGUGCCCAGCGACCCCGUUAAUCAAGCCAGAGUCCUGUUAAUAAGAUUAGCACCUGUAUGCAGUUCAGUGCAGAUGCAUUCCGUUCAGCAGAGUGUUCUUACCAACAUGUUUUUUUUUUAUUUGAGGGUGAAGGGAAAUGAUUUUUGAAAUACAUGAAAGCAAAAAAUGACUUUUAAUGGAUAUUUUUUUAUUUUUUUUAAUUUAGAAGAUGUAUUAUGUAUUGAUGAAUAACUUACCUCUGUGUGCUGGAAAUCGAAUUCUGUUUAGAAACUUCUUUGUGACUAUUUGUAAUAGAGUGAGCUUACAGUACAAAGAAUGCUGUAUUGUGAAUAAGUGUGUUGUAAAACACAGAUAAGAUACUGUGACAGGCAAAGAUUUCUGGGUAGGGAGUCAAGGUCUUGGGACAAAAUCUGUGCUUUUUGUGAGUGAAAAUGAUUAAUUGUUAUUGUGCACCAAAGAAAUGUGUCCUCCGUUUAACCUAUUUGUGACAUAACGACAGAGAAUAGUACUUUACUGGGUAUGAAUUUGAACCAACAACCUUUCAAUCAGAAGCAGACUGCCCUAACCAUUAUGCUCCCACAGCUAUUUUAACCCAUUGCUGUUAAACAGGAGCUAAAGAUCUCACCUUUUAAAAGCCUCGACUUCAUAACACCGUAAGUAGAUUGAACAACAUGGAUCAACACAAAGCCAGACAAACCUCAUUACUGGUAUGCAGCAGCCAUGAUUAGUUUCAUAUAAAGUUUAAUAACAUCGGAAAGUUAAUACAGUAAAAUGUUAUUAAUUGAUAACAAUUUUAGACUAAGCCAUAAGUGAUGCAUAAAACUCCAUAAUUACUCUUCUUUCAAUUAAAUCUGCCUAUUCAUUUUGCCAAACCCUGAUAUUUAAUACAGUCCUUAAUAAUAGUUAUCAAGAUCACUAUGAAUUUCUUCACUUAUCCUAUCAGUUAAUUGAGGCUGAUGGGAAAUCCUCAAACUGGAAUUUUUGAAGUGCUUAUUAAACACAUUCAAUGAAUUUUAAUUAUA